UUGCAGCGGCGACUGAGCAAAGCGGUGCCUCGGUGCAAGAGGCCGCGGCUGUCACUAGCCCGGAUUCCCGGGGGCCAGCUGUCACUCACUCGGAUCCCCGGGGGCCAGCUGUCAAUCACUCGGCUCCGGGCUGCACUGCUAGAGAACUGCAACCCCUUUGCAACCCGCUUGCAUCCCCCUUAGAACCCCAUUUCACCCCCUUGCAACCCCAUUUCACCCCUUGCAAGCCCUCUUCAUCCCCUUUGCAACCCGCGUGCAUCUCUCUUGCACCCCCCUUGCAACCCCAUUUCAUCCCUCUUGCAUUAUCCACCUUGCAUUGAUAGGGGGAAACCCUCGUUCUCCCCUCCCUCCCUCCCCAUCCAACGCACAGUCGCACCAUGUUAUUGUAGCUGUUGCAUUUCUCUUAUUCCUCUGCUCCCUUGCAUCACGCAUCAUCCAUUCCUUCCCCAAGCAAAAACCUUUUUUUGUUGUUUUGCAUUUUAUUUUGUGUCUGGUUCAACCGUGUCCAAUGAUAUCCCCGUUGCCUGCGAAAUUGCUGGCAGCCCCAGCCGCCGCAGCCACCACCUCCUCCUGGAGCCCUGAUGCGGGCACCCACAGCAUGUUUGACCGAAAGCGUUCUGCCGUUCGCAACAUUCAACAGAGCUUGGUGCUGGAACUCCUCGGUGAACCCAACGUGGCCCUGCAAAGCUAUCAGACCAGGUCCCCAGAGGAGUACAGCUCGCUGCACAAUUCAGAGUGGGGAGAAGAGGUGGAAGAAGGAGCUGUCUACAAUGUUACGUUGAAGAAGGUUCAGAUACAACAAGCUGCCAACAAAGGUGCAAGAUGGCUGGGGGUGGAAGGAGACCAAUUACCGCCAGGUCACACCUUCAGCCAUUAUAAAACAUACAAAAUUCGCACUAUUAAAGCUGGAACCCUGGAAAAACUGGUAGAAAAUCUCCUAAAUGAUUUUGGAGACAACGACUUCACUUAUAUCAGCAUAUUUCUGUCAACAUACCGAGCGUUUGCUACAACAGAGCAGGUACUGGAGCUGCUGCUAGACAGGUACGGAAAUUUUGAAUGUCAAAGCGGUGGGGAAGAUGCAGAUCAAAGUACAUCGGUAAUGAGAGCGGUGAUUUGGAAUGCUGUCGCCUCCAUUUUGCGAGCUUGGCUAGACCAGUAUUCUGAAGACUUCCAGGACGUCCCGAACUACACCUGCCUCCACAAGGUGCUGUGUUACCUGAGGAAGACGAUGCCUGGCUCCGAUCCGGAGCAGAGAGCCGAGAACCUCCUGCAGCACUUCCAGAAAGAGGAGCUGACGGAACAGGAGUUGGACAAUGGUUACCAUGGCAACGUCACUUUCAGCCUGGGAGAGGAAGGGGAUGUGCAGAGAGAUGGAACAGAAGAAAAACAGGAUUUCCUCUCUUUCCCGUCCGAUAAAGUGGCAGAACAGUUGACGUACAUGGAUGCUGACCUGUUCAAGAAGGUUGUCCCACAUCACUGUGUGGGCUGUAUCUGGUCGAGACGGGACAAGAAGGGGAAUGAGCACCUCGCACCCACCGUCCGGGCCACCAUCACUCAGUUCAACGCCGUCACCAAGUGCGUUGUCAGCACCAUACUGAGGGACUUGCAGCUGAAGCCCCAGCAACGAGGCAAAAUCAUCGAGAAGUGGAUCGACGUUGCCCAGGAAUGCAGGAUCAUGAAGAAUUUCUCCUCGCUCCGGGCUAUUCUAUCAGCCAUGCAGUCAAUCCCCAUCUACAGGCUGAAGAGGACCUGGGCCACUGUUUCAAAGGACAGCAAGUUGAUGUUCGAAGAACUUUCGGAAAUCUUCUCCGAUCAGAACAACCAUCUGACGAGUCGAGAGUUGCUAAUGAAGGAAGGCACGUCGAAAUUUGCAAAUCUCGACAGCAGUGUGAAGGAAAACCAGAAACGCAUUCAAAAACAACUGCAGUUGCAGAAGGACAUGGGAGUGAUGCAAGGCACCGUGCCAUAUCUCGGUACAUUCUUGACCGACUUGACGAUGCUGGACACCGCGCUCCCCGACUAUGUCGAUGGCUUGAUCAACUUUGAAAAAAGACGACGGGAGUUUGAAGUGUUAGCCCAGAUUAAGCUGUUGCAGUCUGCCUGUAACACUUACUGCAUCAGUCCCAUCCAACGUUUUCUCAAGUGGUUCCGCACUCAACAGUAUUUAACUGAUGGUGAAAGCUACAACGUGUCGUGUGAAAUCGAACCAACCACCGAUACAAGUCCCACAUCUCCAAAGCCCAGGAAGAGCAUGGUGAAGCGUCUCAGUCUUUCUCCCACCUGUCUCCGACCUGUACUGACUACAGAUUGCUCUAGUAAAUCGUGUGAUAUCGAACCAACCACCGAUACAAGUCCCACAUCUCCAAAGCCCAGGAAGAGCAUGGUGAAGCGUCUCAGUCUUUCUCCCACCUGUCUCCGACCUGUACUGACUACAGAUUGCUCUAGUAAAUCGUGUGAUAUCGAACCAACCACCGAUACAAGUCCCACAUCUCCAAAGCCCAGGAAGAGCAUGGUGAAGCGUCUCAGUCUGUUGUUUCUAGGGUCGGAGGUCAUCACGAGCAGCACUCCCACUAAGAGCUGCGAGCAGCCCAAGUCCCCGCCCAGCGGCAGCUCUGGGGAGAGCAUGGACUCUGUCGGCGUUGCCUCAUCCGACUCCAACAGCUCCAAAAUCGAAAACACCUGCACCACCCCCGCCGACACGCCCGAAGAGCCGCAAAAAAAGUCGAAUGAAUCGUUAUCAUCUUGCUCAUCCACCCACUCAAUGGACACGGCCUCUUCGGGAGUCUCGUCGUUGAUCGGCACCAUUUCAUCCUUGCCUUCCUUCCCCCACAAUCCCAAGGGCCAUAAUCGCACCAUCUCGGGGACUUCCUGCAGCUCCAUGGCGCCACAUCCUGUGUACAACAAGCGGAACGAGGAAAAUUGCAUCAUCCGCGUCAGCCUCGAGGACGACAAUGGGAAUCUCUACAAAAGCAUUUUGCUGACCAACCAAAACAAGUCCCCGUUCGUUAUCCAGAGAGCCAUGUCGAAGCACAACCUGGAAGGAGAAGAUUGGGAGGAAUAUCAGCUUGUCCUGAUCCUCUCAGAAGACAGAGAGUUGGUCAUUCCAGACAACGCCAACGUAUUUUACGCGAUAAGCCCCUCUGGGAACUUUGACUUCAUCCUGAGGAAGAAGAACCACAGUCAGCUGGGACGCCAAUCCUUGAACAACCUCUCCAGAGAGUCCAAAAAGGGAAUCAUGGCAGACAGAAUGAGCAAAGUCAAGCUGUGAGAGGAGGCCGGGAUCGCCGUCAGUGCUUCCACACCCUCUGGCGGAGAUGAACCUUACCACUAAGUAUUGAGAGCCCUGGAAUAUAUGUGAAUAAAUUUGCCUUGACUGUAUUUACCCAACAUCGUGGAUGACAUUGAGUAAAAACCCUAACUUCCUCCUUGGGAAGGCAACGCUUGUCCAUUGUUGAAGAUUAUUUUGCACACCAGCCCUGCUCGGAUGGGACUGAGAUGUACUCAGGCUGGAGAGCGGUUGACAGCUUCCCCUGCGACCCUGUAAACUUCAAUUGGGGGAGGCAAGGAAAAAAAUGUAUUGGCCAACUCGGUUGACUAAAUGUGGUUGUUUGACUUUGUUUCCUGCAGAGCCACAUUCAAACUAGUGAACAACCUCCAGUCAGUGGCCAGAUGAUGAAUGCUUUUGGAAAGUGUUUGGAUUGGCCUAUUGAACUCCUGGGCAGAUAUUUCCUGUCUAUUUCCCCCUCCCUCCCUCCCUGCCUAAUAAUUUAAUCUCCUCUUGGAUAUACAGAACUAGACCCACCUUCAACAAAGGACAUCUGAAAAGGGGGGUGUUGGUCGCCAAUGAUAUUGCACUUGUCUCAAAAUUCUGGUCAGCUUUAUAGAGAACUGUUAUUUUGUGUGUACAUUUGUAAAUGUGAUCUGUGUCAUGGAGGGACCAGUGGAGCCGUAGCAGAUGCUGAGCGUCCCAACUAUCUGGAAGGUGACUUUUGUAGCUUUUCUGUCCUUUUAUUCUGGAACAAUUGGUGUGUUCUGCACAAUUCUCUCUCUCUCUCUCACACACACACACACACACACAUACACUCACACUCUCACUCACUCUUUCCACCCCUCACUCUUCACCCACUCACUCUUCACCCACUCAUUCACCCACUAUCACUCACACUCACUCACAAAUCACUCACUCACUCUACACCCACACUCACUCUCACUCACUCUUCACUCUCUCUCACUCACUGUCACACUCACUCACUGUCACACUCACACACACACACUCUCUCUCGGUAACCAUGUGCCUAUGAUCUCUGGUGAGCAAGUGUUCGAAGAAGCUCACAAACAAAGAUCUGGAGUUCCACUCUUUUUUUUCCACUCUUCCUUUAGCUGAAACACCGGUAACUAAAAUGUUCAUCAGACAUGGACAGCCCCGAACCACCACCUACAUGAAAGUUUCAACAUCUCGGCCCUUUCACUCAGCAUUGAGCGCACUAAUGUAAAAAGAAAAUGUAUCUACGAUAUUGGACACAGAUGUUAAAUGCAAAUUGCCUGCGGUAUCAGUGAAACUUUCUGUAUGUAUACUUUUGUAAAUAAUUUUCAAUAUUCCUUGUUUUUAAUUUGUUUUUAAGAAAAUAGCUACUAAAAAUAAAUUUCAAUGCAUCAAUUUA